AUGGCGGACGAAGAGAAAGAGAAGGCAGAGAAGAUCGCAGCGGCGAAGAAACGCGUAGGUCUUUCCCUACACGUUCUACUACUCUCCGAGACGGUUACCAUUGCUCAGUUGCAGUUGGAUAUGUACGAACAAUUAAAGAAGAAGACAAAGAAGGCGGGCGCUGGAAAGAAGAAGGAAGACAAGACUGAGGCACCCGCCGAAGCUGAAGCCUCCACCGAAGUCCCUGCUGAAGCGACAACUACCGAAGACCAGCCCGAACAAGUCGCGCCAGAACCCGUAGAAGCUACAAGCGCAGCGCCGCCGCCAGAGGAGGACGAUGACGAGCCGUCGGAGCUCGCUGUACCCAAGUCAUCACACGGCCGCAAGCCUUCAGUCGCUGUUGAGUCGCGACAGCGAUCUGAGUCUUUCUACCGUUCGGGGGCUGCUGGUGGACCUUUGUCGCCGGGAGGAGGGGUUACAAGCGAGGUCUACCGGGAACAAGCACAGAAGAUUGAGGAGCUCGAGAAGGAGAACAAAAGACUGGCAAGCGAGGUCGAAGAAAACCAGAACAGACGGAAGAAGGGCGAGGAAGAAUUAGAGGAGCUACGAGAAAGCAGAGGAGACGUUGCACUCGCGGUCGAGAAAGGCAAGGAGGCUGACAAGCUGAAAGCCGAAGUUGAAUCGCUGAAGAGACAACUCGCACAGGCGCAAUCGCAAAGCAACAAGUCCAUCCGCCGUACAUCGACCGCAUCGCCCAGUCAGAGCGCAUCUAUCGACGACUUGAACGCGCAAGUCGCUUCAAAGUCUGCGACUAUCGAGUCACUCGAGCUGGAAAUAUCCAACGUCAACAGGCAGCUGUCAGAACAGACCAACAAGAACAACGAGCUUCAGUCAAAGGUUUCGAGCCUGGAAUCCGCAGUACAAAAGGCAGAACAAGAGGCUAGCUCAACAAAGACCGAGCUACAGGAUCUCAAGGCGAGCCUAGACAAGGCUGGGGAUCAGGCAGAGAAGGACGGCUCAGAUCGUGACUCUGCGCAGACGCGCAUUGCACAACUAGAGGCUGAGUUGGGCACAGCGAACCGCAAGGCCUCGGACUCAGUCUCACGCGCUGAGUUGCUGGAGAAGAAGAUCGAAACCCUCACACAGCUACAUCGCGACAACGACUCCCGGAAUCAGACGCGCAUACAAGAGCACAAGAAAAUUGAGCGAGAAGCAACAGAACUACGAACCCGCAUAACAGGCCUCAGCAACGAAAACGCACGUCUCCGAGAAGCAGAGCAGCGUCGUCGCAAGGCGGACCUCGGCUCUAUCGAAGACUCCAGCGUGCAAGAGCUCCUAGACGAAGAGCGUGACCGCCUCCUCGCCAAAGUGCGCGAACUAGAAGAAGAGAACUUUGAACUCCGCCGCGGCGUAUGGCGCGACCGUCGCCGCGAUAUGCAACCUCCCAUUGACGACCAAGCAGACGCCUCGCACCCCUACAACAGCGCCAACAGCUUUGACGACAUCGACCUCUCUGGAGCGCCAUCCCGUCAAGCCCUCCCCAACCGCACACACUCCUCCUUCCAGGACGUCAUCCAAUCCGGCAUCUCAGCUUUCACCGGCCAGAACCCCGCGCAUCGACGAAGCGACGCGGCGAGUAAGCCGAAGCCGAGACAAGAGAGUCUGGGUAGUUUGGAUGAGUUUGAAAUCGAUGAAGAUGCAUUUAGGCAGGCGCAGGAAGAGGAGGCCAAGAGGAGGCUUGAGAGGGUUAGGGAGGUCAAGAGGGGGCUUGUACAAUAUAAGGGGUGGAGACCGGAUUUCGUGGAUGUUAGAGUGGGGAUGGGUGGCGUGUUUGAGAUAUGA